UUUGAAGAGCUCCAGGGAUUCAGCGAGCAUGCUCAGUCCUAGCUGACUGCUAGAAAGAGGAAGCUAGUUUACAUAGGAGUCAUACCAAGCAUAGCCUGCAUGUCAGCGCAGUUAACUUGCAGCGGGCUGUGAGGAGAAUUAGCAUGUCUUUGUCCUAGGAAGCCUGAGCUCUUCCAGGCCUUACCCUCCCCCAGCGCAAUCUCAGUGGCGACGGUGGGCAUAACCUACUCUCCACUUUCUGCCUCCAGAUCUUGAGUUUCUGAAGGAGGAUUUUUUUUAUUUUGCCUCCCGCCCGCCUUCCCCCUUCCACUCCAUUUUUAAUAUACUUUUGUUUUGAUUAGUCGGAGGCUGGGCCUUGAGGCUGGUGGAACUUGGGAAGGAGCCUGGAGCAUUUAUUUGCCUGUGUUCUCGCUGCUGUUGGCGGGGUGAAAGCAAGCAAGCUGGUCUUCUUUGCUAGCCCACUAAAUGCUAUUUAUGAAGAUGGACCUGUUGAAUUACCAGUACUUGGACAAGAUGAACAACAAUAUCGGCAUUCUCCGCCAGUAUGAAGGUGAAGCUGCACUACGAGGAGAGCCCAGGAUGCAGUCUCUCCCCAUAUCUGCUGCUGUGACCAACCAUAGGACUGGGCCUCCCCCAAUCAGUCCUUGCAAAAGGAGGUUCAGCAUUGACCAAGGAGAAGAUGAUCUAGACUGUGAAAAGGAACAUGUACCUAAAAUGAGUCGAUUAUUCAGUCCUCAUCUAAUGAAGACUGCAAAUGGGGAUUACCGAAAAGAACAUAGAGAAAGGAGUCGUAGUCCCAUUGAGCGGGCUGUUGCACCAACAAUGGGCCUUCAUGCUAAUCAUAUAUACGCCUCAAUCCCAAGCUUAACUAUGGAUCAACCUCUAGCACUGACCAAAAACAGCAUGGAUGUUAUUCGGUCUGUAAGCAUGACUCCUACAAUGACAUCAGUGGAACGGCAGCAGAACCGCCCGUCUGUAAUCACCUGUGCCUCUGCAAGCAAUCGAAACUGUAAUCUUUCUCAUUGUCCAGUUGUGCACAGUGGAUGUGGGGCUGCUAUGCCAACCAGUUACCGAAGGCCGUCUAGCACUACUGCUGCCUGCGAUCCAGUGGUAGAAGAACACUUCCGCAGAAGCCUUGGCAAGAAUUACAAGGAGCCAGAGCCAGUGACAAACUCUGUAUCCAUCACAGGAUCAGUCGAUGACCACUUUGCCAAAGCUCUUGGAGAUACCUGGCUUCAGAUCAAAGCUGCCAAGGAUGGUGUGUCCAAUAGUCCAGAGUCUGCUUCCAGGAGGGGCCAGUCCUCUUCUCCUCCUUCCUCCCAUCUGGUCAAUCAUAAUCAUUCACCUUCGGUUGUCUCAUGAACACGGGACCACAAUUUCUUCAUCCAAACAUGAGUUGGUAUUGUUUUGGCUGAGCUUGAACAGUACUCGAAACGAAAAGUGUUUGGGAGGGGUGAUAUAAAAGGAGAUAACAAUUCAAUACAUGGUUUGUGUGUGUUCGGGCUUUUUUGUUUUGUUUUUUUAAUACACAUGCCCUUAAAAUUGAUAGCAGGAACUAUUUGAUUUUUUUAAAUUGUUUUUUUUUUAAAUAAUGUAGCACUCUUUUUGUUCCUGCCUCAGUUACCAAAGAGACCUCUGAUGCAACUCUGCUGCCCCCCCCCCUUUAUGAAAACGAAACGUAGACGCAAGUAAAUGCGGGGGGGAGGGGGAGAAGUAAAAAGCCAUUCUGUACAGUGGAUUGACCCAAAUGCUUGUAUGCUUUGAUUAGCUUCUUGAGGGUAGAAUUGUGUCUGGAUUUUGUCUCCAUUACUUUCUUCUCCCUUUGUGAAGUAAUGUUGUAUGUAUAUACUUGAAAAGAACUGUUGUGUAUGAUUUGCACUAUUGGAGGAGGUUAGGGUUGCAUAGCAACUUUUUAGGCAGGAUGCUUCUAUUCUGAGGGCAAACUGCUCGGCAAAAAGCGUCUGGUGUUCUCCGCCUCUUGAAAAGAAGAAGCAACAUUUGUUUAGGAAGGGGAAGUCUCAUACAGGUUAUAGGUCUUCUCGGUGUAGAUUUCAGGUGCUUCGUGCUUGCAACUGGACUGCAUAAUCAACAGAUCAUGGGCAUUUUUUUCCACACCGCAGUUUGUUAGAGUAGAGCUGAGGUAAGAGGGUUCAAUAGUGCUUAAAAGAUGCAUGUUUUUUGGAAAAAUAGCUGGUAUCUAUUAAUGUAUAGACAGUAAGAAAUAUAUUAGCCUUCGUUGAAAACUAGGUAUUUUUCUUUUCCAUUAACAGUCCUAGAUAAACUUACUGCUGGUACAGUUGUACUCUGAUACUUGUAUUUGAUAUUCCUUUUCGUAGCAGCCAGCAACCUUGGACAGUCGCCUCUGGUCAGGCCUCAACUGAAGCAGUUUAUAUAUCGAGUACUAUGAGGUUCAGGAUGCUACUAUGGCAUUUCUGACAAAAGAAACAAUUUUCAUGUAGAGAAUCACCUGCUCAAUUGAAAUUUACUUAACUGAAAUAUAUUUAUCCAUGUAUGCUCUAAUUGCAGAAAUCUAAUUUUUGAGGCUGCUUAUAAACCUAGGCCAAGGCACCAUACAUUCCUCUUUUUUUUUAUAAAGGUGUUAUACUUGCAUUUAUUUCAUUUGCUGUAUUAAUAGUCACUAACUAGGUAAUAGAGGCAGGCAUAAAGAACAGAUUUCUUUUAGUAGUAAUGGGCUCAGCUGUUGUUUUUUUAAUGCCACAACUCACCCACAGUCCCUACACAUUCCAGCAGUUACAACUAGUCCAUUUAAUAGCGGGUUACCUGAAAAGAUAGGUGCUGUUGAAAGCAUAUAGGAUAAGGCAAAAGUCUGAAGGGCACGUGAUGUUCUUUGGGCUAUGUUAUAGCAUUGGGGCCAGAAUUUAUAUUUUUGUAAAAAUAAAAAUCACUGUUAAAAAAGAACAGCAAAGGAUCUGUUUUGUCCUGUUCCAUACGAGAGUGUGGCUGCCUACUUUUAAAAGCAAGAAAAAGCCAAGAGAAGCUUCCCCUUCAUUGCCCCUUUCACACAUUUUGCGGUCGUGUUAAUGGGUAGUUAAAUGCUCAGUCGUCUUUGGCAUUCAGUACCCUACCCCUGUAAGAAAAGUGCAGAAAAAAAAACUUUUUUAUAUAGGUAACUUUAAGACCAUCAUUACGCUGUGCGUAAAGAAUGUACAGAGAAAUUUGUAGGUAUUUUUUUGAGGAACAAUUAAUUUGUUAAUGAUAUGUAGCUAUUUAAUUUUUCCCUUUCCUUUAUUGUAAUCAUUCUCUUUUGUUUUUGUCUGGAGAAAAAAGUUGAUCUUUUUUUUGUUGUAGAUGUCUGUAAUACAGUAAAAGUGCAGGAACACAGUUAUUCUAUAAGAACACUGCAUUAGCAAUUAAUAGCCACUAGUGUGUUGUUGCUACAGGCUACUGAGCAGUCUAACAAGUACUAAUGACUGCAGAUGGACUUUGUGGAUACAGAACCCUUUUGACAUUUCUUUGAAGCACAAAACUACAAAGUUAAAUUUACUUAUCUGUGAUAAGUAAAUGGGGCGUAAAAUAAUCACUGCAGUCCUAACAUACAACACUUGGGACAUACACUUGUGUUGAUUGUGGUGCAACUUUCUUUGAAGUAAAUGCACUGAGGAUUAUCUUCUCAGUGUGAUGUGUAGUAUACACACAAAACCAUUUGGAAGAAGAAAAAUAGUCCACAGAAAACAGAAUUAUUGUUUAAAAGCCAAAAGGGUUGGGAGGGGGAAGAGAAGGAGAAAGAAUAUUAACUUCAUUCUUACAUGAAGUUUUUUUUUCACAGAGCCACAGGAUCUACAGUCCAGAUUGAACAAUGUUCUCCAUGUUUGUAAAUCUGUAACAUAUCAUUCUUUUGUGGCCUUGUUUCACCUGGCAAUUUUUAAAAAAGGUUUGGCAGGCCAUCUUUUUUUUGUACUUAAAAGUAGCCUUAAUGAACAAUAAAGUGCUCUUACAUCUUA